AUUAAGACAAGAUAUAAUUAAUAAAAACGACCAAUUAAAAGAUUGCUACGCCCCCUAUUUGUUACGAAAUAAAUUAAUAGAUGAUUUUGAAAUAAAUGCUUUUAUGGACAAAUGUCUUCAACCACCUAAAUGUCGUUAUAAUGGAGCAUCUAAUGUUAGAAAUUUUUCUACAUUAAAACGUGAAUAAUGUUAAAUCCCCAAUCAUCUAGAACCAAUGUACCAGCAAGGAAAGAAGACUUAAAUAUAAAACAUCCGCAUGAAAAGGAAGGGGGGUCAACAAAAGCAAACACAAUUUUAGAUCACCAGAUGAAUGUAUCCAUUACUAAUGACCCUGUUGUGCAUUCGUUGCUUAGUGAAUUAAAUAACAGUUCAAAUGAUUCUUCGCUACAAGUUAACCCUGGAAGUGAAUCUAGUGAAAAUACUAUAGCUGAAGAAAAAGAUUCAGAAGCAGUUAGCCUUGAGAAUGAUCAACAUUGUCCCCAUUAUAUAAGUGGGAGUGCUCUUGGUGCACAAGAGUUAAGGAGCACAACUUCUGCAGGUCAAGAUAGUGAUAUCAGAUCCCUCGAUAGCAAAAUUCCUGGCGCUGGGAAUCUUGAUGAAAAGUUUCAGACGAUUUUGGUAGUAGUCCUCUUUACAGCACACUUACUGAUGAUAGAGCUGGUGGGGGAAAUUAUUUCAGUCAGGCUUUCGUUGAAGCAUCUGUUAAUGAACCACUUAUUGGUAAAUCUACAGGCGAUAACUCGAAAUAAAAUAUAA